AUGUCUAGUCACGCGCCCAGGAUGGAUGGUAAGCGUCUCGACUUUCUUUUGCCACUACAGCCCUCACUGCGGUUACUGACCAUCUUCUUACCCUCGCUCUUCUCUCCCGCAGUCAAGGUCCUAUACACCCUCGACUCGAGUCCAGACCACACCAUGAUUGCCAGACUCGGUCGCCCAGUCCCUGUGGAAAUCAUCAUCCCCAACAUGACUCCACCAUCACCCCUUGGCCCUUCAGGUAGCAACUACCCGCAAUCACCUCCACCGCCGCGUCAGGUACGCUUCGGUCGCAUCCCCCUCAAAACCUGCCUUGGUGCCGUAUGCAUGGCCAGCCCCGAGCUCCUCCCCGAUGACAAGCGGGACUAUAUCAUCUACGCUGUUGAUCCAGAGGAAACCUUACGCGCCAGUCAACUCCCUUCUCCUGGCUCUUCCCGAGGUCACGCUUCACCGACGCGUUCCUCUUCAGCAUCCAACUCUUCACGCCAACGCAACGAUGCAAGCACGAGUAAGCUCAGCUCUAGUCCACCUCGUCCGAAGGUAGCUGCGCCUUCAAUUUUGGUCGGGAAAGGUUUCUUCAACUGGGCGUUGGAGGAGCAAGGAGAGGGUGAGACGGCCGUUACUGGACGCGUUCGCUCGGAUGGUAGACGUUUGCGGUACGAAAACGGUCGCGAGUACGAAGAAGACAUCAACGUGCUCGAGGUUGUGAUCAAGCUCAAAGAGUCACAGGCGAGGAGUAAGGAUAAGUACUUCAACCUCGUUCGUGGCUUGGCUUCUGGUUCGAGCAGCAGUUUCAGCGCUGGUGCUGGCUCAAGUUCUGGCUCAAGUUCUGGCUCUAGAACAGCUUCAUCUCGUCACACGCAAAACGUAGAGGUGGUUUCUGCUGCCCACAGCUCCCGCUCUUCGCAUCUUGCGUUGCAUUCUGAGCCUCACUAUCCCACCACCUCCUCUUCCUCGAGCUACGGCGCAAUGGAGCGCCAGAUUCGUAGACCAGCUGCACGUAUCGCUGGAGACAGGAUCUCGCCCAAGACCGCCACAGCGCCUUUGGGUGCUUCUCCAGGUAUGCCGCUUCUCUCCAACUUUUCAAACGCAUCUUCUCCACCCGCAGCUGCUGCAUCGGCUCCUUCGCCCAACUCUGCUGCCGUAUCAAACCCAUCAGCGCUGCAACUGCUGACCAUCCUGCACAGCCUUCAGCAGAGGUCCUCCAAAUCUGCACCCGAGCCAGCUCAACAGGCGCAACUAGAGACCUUGCUGCAACAAGUCGCGCAAGCUAUCGGCAACACAUCAUCAUCCUCCUCCUCCUCGCCUGCUGUUGACGCUGCUUCGACCACAGACCACGAUACAGCAGGUUCAGCCACAACCUCCCCCAACCUCUCCUUCGCUCGUCCACUCGAUCCGAUCCCAGUACCUAACGAAAGCAACGACAACGGCGCCACCAUUCCUCGCUCUUCCUUCACCCAACCAGCUGGCAAAGAGAAUCGUAGCCUCGGCCUCACAGUCUCCUCCAAAGACUCACCCCAGACCCUAUACUACGAUUCGCGUCGUCCCUCCACUUCCUCCCCUCCCCUCGAGGAGAGCACUGAAGACUCCAGUGCCCCUUCUCAACACCGCAAAGAGUCGGCCGAAACCUCCGAUCGCAUUUGCUACAACUGCGGAACCGACGUUCCAACCACUUGGCGUCUCCUUCGUUUACCUGCAGGAAGCAUCAUCAACAACCCAGCUGCCGAGAAAAGCUCUUCUGACAGCACCAACGAUGAUUCUAGCGAGACAGACUGGAAGCCACGAUAUUCAGGCAGAGAAGGUCCGAUCGAGACGGAUGGCGAGACUCGUUGGUCUGCCUGCAAUCCUUGUGGCUUGUACUAUCUGAAAUGGGACAAUUCGCGACCGGAGUACGUAUGGAGGAAAGAGCAUGCAACAAAGGCGUACAGGGAGAGGAAGGCGUUGGCUGAAGCAGCCAAACGACGACGCGAAGAGGGUGGUGUUGUAGGGGGUGGUGCGAAUAAGCGAGCGAGGAUUGCAGCUGGCUCGGAUGUUGAUGCAGCUUCACCCUACAGUAUGUCUACUCCGGGGUUGGGGACGAGUCCUAACUUUGAUGCUGGGACUCCGGUUUCUUCUUCGGCAAGGAAGGGCAGUAUGCCUAGAACGUUGAGUGAGGCCUGUCAUAGGGAUGCGGAGAAGUUGGAGAGUCAGAGGAGUGGCAGGAAGAGGGAUAAUGAGAAACCGGUUUGUAAGAAGCAGGCAGAUAGGGAGUAUGUUUUGGAUCCCAGUACGGGUAAGUGGAGAAGUAGGAGGAGUAUGAGGGAGAAUCCACAGGGUAAGAAACCGGGAAGACCGAAAGGGUCGGUGAAGGUGCAGCAGAAUGGGAGUAAGGCGCAGCAUGCUAAAUCUAGUCCUCCUCAGGGGAGCAAGGAGAGCAGUGGUAAUACUCCUAGUGCCCAGCGGCAGCAGCAACAGCAGCAGUCGCAGUCGCAGUCGCAGUCCAAGCCUCAACCCAGCUCCUCCUCCACCUCCUCCAAGCAGCCUGCCACAGCCUCCGCUGGCAGCGAAACGGCGGACAACUCACAACCCAAAUCAACACCACAAGCUGAACCCUCAGCCUCCAACUCAAACUCCAAACCCGACCAACCCAAAUCAGACCCCGAAUUCAGACUCCCCCAACUCCCCCCAUCCACCCGCCACCACCAAACCACAUCAUCCUCUCGAUUGGUCAACUUCGCUCAAUCCUCCCCCGUCCGCCCCUCCAUGAACGCAUCCCUCAUGCAACCGGAAGCGAUCAACUCUUCCAUGAUGAUGCCACCUUUCGGCUCCGGUAUGCUGGAGUCACCCUCUCGCGACAUACGAUUCCGGGUGCCCAGUUACCUGAUGAAUUCUAGCCCGGGUACUAUGUUGGAUACCCUAAUGAGCGAGGCCGACUUUGAUUUUGAAGAACUAGGACCUCUUGGGCCGCUUCAAACUCCCGGAACGCUAUUGGGAAAUAUGGCAAAGGGUUUGAGGAGAAGUCCAAGGAAGAAUAGUGCAAAUCCUUAUGCUGGUCCCUCCGCUAAAAGGGGAGGGGGUGGUGGGAGCCCGACGUUUGGGAGAGGAAAGAGUGUGGGGAGUCCAGCGAUGGUGGCAAGUUCGAAUGAUAGUCCUGUGACUCGUAGUCGUACUCGUUUGGGCGGGGAGGUUUUACAUCCUGCGCUUUACUCUUCCAGUGAUGGACUUGGUGGAAAUGCUAAUGGGAAGAAUAGCAGUAACGUUACUUCUCCUGCUUCUCCCUCUGAGAAACGACGAAAGACUACACCUCGAACCACCAACACUACUUCCAAACCCUCCUCCUCCACCACCACCACCACCGCUAUGGAAGAGGAAGACAACAAGGAACCGGAACAACACUUUACCAAAGGUCCUUACUCCCGUACCACAACCACCACCACCUCCUCCUCUUCUAGAGAAGGUUCAGCCGAUCUUCCCUCCUGCCCUGCAUCGCCUUCGCUUGGUAGAACAUCCCGGAAACUCGCACGCAACCUUUCCACAGCGAGUAACAACACUCACCUCAGCAGUGGGCGUGCGAAACUCGCCCACCUCGACCUACCCCCGAGCAGUCCUGUGUUCGAUCAUCCUUCUGCACGAAGCGGAGAAGGUAGGGAGGUCGAGGUGGAUGGUUGGGGACGAACACCUAGUAUGAGGGAGAUUUUCCCUACGCCGUCUGAUUUAGAUUGGCCUAGUGAUGGUAGUCCUCGUUCUCCCUUUCCUCGUUCGCCGGAUGCGAGCGCUGCGAACGAAGCUAAACAGGCUGACGGGGAGAAGGCGGAGAAGAAAGAGGAAGAGAAAACAGCGCAAACUCACGCAGUGGUGAGAAGGAGACCUCUACCAGCAACAGUCGAAGAUGGAUCUUCCUCAAUCUCAGGCUCUUCCCCUGCGUUGACGGAUUCACCGGAAGAGAGUAACCUUUUCGAUCUGUUGGAGGAUCCAUAUGGAAUCCUGGCUGCGAGUGGAUUUGGUAUUGAUGCUGACGGCACGCUCACUACCAACCCUACCAACGCCAACGCUCAGGUAGGGGAGGAGGAGACGCAAAUGACACCCACAUCCUCAACCCCAAGCGCCACAACUGCAGCCGCACCUAGCAUAAGUGCAGAUCGAUUCAACCAAAUCCACCUCCAUCCCUCCACCUCCUUCUCUUCUCACCUAAACGCAUUCACUACCGAAGGUGGUGCCGGCAUAGCUGCACACGUCAACCCAAACACGAACUCUCCUGCUGCUGUACAAAUCGGCCCCUCUUCCACCUCCACUUCCACCAUUCGCUCUAACGGAGGAGAGACAAAUGGAUUUGAUAUGAGCUUCCUUGCGAACCUGCCACCCGAGCUAUCAACAAUUUUCUCGACACCUGGGAAAAAAAUCCCCCCUCAAAUCAUUGAAAUUCUCGCCAGCCCGCGCAAAUCCCGCACCCGAUCCUCCAGCGGUUCGCCCAGUAAGAUGGCAAUGGGAAAGCAAAUGGUUGUCACUCCAAACUACAGCACUGGAGAGAACGGGGAAGGGGAACAAGAUUUUUCUGCAUUGUUCAAUAAUCCUGACAUUCAAGCGCUUCUGGCUGAAUUCGAGGUUCAGUCGUAA